UGCAUCUACUGAAGGGUGUGUACCUGGUGUGAAUAUUUGAGCAUGGGACAAGCAGAUCACAGAGGUUACCGUGAACAGAAUUGUAUUUUUUUUUAAAUCUGUUUUGAACUGAACAUUUCAGCUCCGAGAAGCCCAGUUCUCUCAUCUUGCAUUUUAUGGAAAUCAAAUUAUAGCAUAAUGUCACUUACUUUAUUAGAACAGAAAGACUAUGAAUAUGAAUCAGCCUGACGUUGUCAUAGUAACAAGAAGCCCUAAACCUCAUAGCAGCUGUUGUUAUCGCAGACUUUGAACAGCUGGGGGGCUAUUGUUGGCAAGGGAUUGUGGGAAAUGAGUCCUAGCUCCUCUGAUUCUCAACCUUGACCUACAGCAGCUGAACCUGAUCUAUGGAUCCUUUAUACAGUUUACUUUUGUGUUUUAUUUUUUCAAAGGUAGAAUAUUUGUUUCUGUAAUAUACUGCUGUCUUCCUUUAGGUACCGACAUGGAAAAGUGCAGGUACUGCAUCAAAAUCAAAGCUUAUCUUUCUGCAGAGUUUGAUUUACAGCACACCGUAUGCUUAAAGGCAACUAUGAACAGCUCCCUUUUUAAAAAAAAAAAAAAACAAAAAAAAAACACAGUCUAGUCUAGUCUCCUCAUUUCCAGUUCACACCUUAGGUGCGAAGUCUAAAAUACUCUGCAAGUGAUGAGCAGCAAAUGGAAAUAGAUUACAAGUAUUAAACGCAUACGGAUGAAAAACGGGAGCUUUUUGUGUUGCGCUCCAGUGUGUAUUCAGAAGAGAAAAGUGCAAUGCUGCUUAAUCGACUAUACAGUAAAUAUUCCUGCGAGAAGCAGUAAGGAAUUCUCCCUUGAAAUGUGCUCAGGAAAAAAAAAUGGCCUUUUGUGAAACAUCUCAAAGAAGAGAGCAAGAGAAAAGCACAGCCAGCGCUACAGCGCAUUGAUGUUUCCUCUAACAAGCUCAGGUCUCGCUGCCCGUGUAUUAUGUUGGAGAAAAUGCACCCUGAACGUUUCAAGCUAAAAAAUCCAGAUCGCUCGUUGCUGUCUGCCUAAUAAACGUCACCGCUUGUGUUGUGGAGGUCCUUCAUUUUCGACUGGAUCUUCAACAGUUAAAUUCCUUUGAAAGACACAAGGUCCAUCUGGAAGCUCUUACAUUUACCACCCCUGGGAACGCAUUCAGGAUUUAAAACCUUACUGUGGACAGUGUGCAGAAAUACUCCUUUUUCAGACACUGUCCAACUGAAUCAAAACAGAUCGACUAAUUGCACCCCGUGAACUGCGCUGCUUUACGGAAAGAAACAAAACCAGCUGGUCGUGUUAAUUUGGACAUGUUGUGGCAACAAUCUGAAUUUCCUAAUGAAUUUUGGAAAUGCUAGACGUGCGGCAUCUCUGACACUGGUUGCUAUUAUACGAAUUUCAGCAUUUGGAGAGACAAAUGUCUCGGUUUAAAUUGCAAUAAAUCACCGUAGAGACGUGAAACAGUACAUACGCUGUAGCAGGAUGGGGUACGUCGGGAGUGUGCGGGUAUUUUAAUCGUAACCGAUUCCUUAAGUAUUAAUCAGCUGAAAGUAAUAUUAAAAGGGAUUUUCCUCAUUCCUACUGUUUGAGUUAAUGAAGAAUUCCUUGACAGUGGGAGUUUGGGCCUAUCUGAUCGGGACUGAGCUGUUUCAGCCGCCUUGCCUGGCGGAGUUGAUGUGAAGCGAUAAAGCUAGGGGUGCAGGAGUUUCAGGGAGUCCGGCAGGGAGAGGCCGGGCACGAUGGGGCCGAGGGGUUUUGACUUGGUGGGCCAACACUCGAGGAAUGCUAAUGCUUCCUCUGUGGGUUCACGAGGAACACGGCGAUUAGCCCUCCCGCCCCCCGGGGGGAGCUGCACUGAAGAAGCCUGCUUUCUAAUUCAUUUUGACGUCAACAGGAAGGCCGGCACCGUCCCUUGGGAUGGGCUGGUACCUAGAGGAGAGGACAUUACUCUGCAGACAACAAAGAAGAUUCUGGAAUUUCCAUUGCUGUGGAUAUAGCAUCUGCACCACCUGUUUCCAUUUUGUGUGGAACCUGCUCGCUUGCUGCUCUGGAGAACUGCGGCUCCCAUGCAGAGGUCUCGAUGUGAAGCUAUCCCAUGAUGCAACAUGUGUCCCCAGCACCAGCACUGACAAUGAUGGCCACACAGAGUGUUCCUCCACCAUCGUACCAGGAGAGCCAACAGAUGACAGGUACUACUCAGCAAAACUCCAAGGCCCAGUCGGUCCACUUACCAGCAUCCUCAGGUGCAGGGGCCACCCCGGUCAGUGUGACCCUUGACCCCCAAGCCCAGCUGGAGUCGGACAAGCGUGCCGUUUACAGACAUCCCCUGUUCCCUCUGCUGGCCCUGCUGUUUGAGAAGUGCGAGCAAGCGACGCAAGGGUCCGAGUGCAUCACGUCGGCCAGCUUCGAUGUUGACAUUGAGAACUUCGUCCACCAACAGGAGCAGGACCACAAGCCUUUCUUUAGUGAGGAUCCAGAGCUGGACAACCUGAUGGUGAAAGCCAUCCAGGUGCUGCGGAUCCACCUCUUGGAGCUGGAGAAGGUGAACGAGCUCUGCAAGGACUUCUGCAACCGCUACAUCACCUGCCUCAAGACCAAGAUGCACAGCGACAACCUGCUGAGGAAUGACCUGGGGGGGCCCUACUCCCCUUCGCACACCUCGCUUGGCCUGCAGCAGCUGCUCACUGACCCCACGGCCUCAGCAUCCGCAGUCUUAACGCAGACUGCUAGGCCUUCUGCAGGAAGCGAAUGGGACCUGAUGCAGGGCUCUGCCCCCUCCAUGACAGCCGUGUCCAGCUCUGUGAACCCCUCAGGCAUCGUGGUACCCACCAACGCCCUGCAGCAAGGCAGCGUUGCCAUGACAACCAUCAACUCACAAGUGGUGUCAGGUGGGACGUUGUAUCAGCCAGUUACCAUGGUGACUUCACAGGGGCAGGUGCUAACCCAGGCUUUACCCCAGGGAACCAUCCAGAUCCAGAACACACAGGUAAACCUGGACCUGUCUUCCCUUCUCGACAAUGAGGAUAAGAAGUCAAAAAACAAGCGGGGGGUCCUGCCUAAGCAUGCCACCAACAUCAUGCGCUCCUGGCUCUUCCAGCACCUCAUGCACCCUUAUCCCACAGAGGAUGAGAAACGGCAGAUUGCUGCACAGACAAACCUCACCUUAUUGCAGGUCAACAACUGGUUCAUCAACGCCCGGCGGCGAAUCCUGCAGCCCAUGCUGGAUGCCAGCAACCCCGACCCCGCCCCCAAGGCCAAGAAGAUGAAAUCGCAGCACCGCCCAACGCAGCGCUUCUGGCCUGACUCCAUUGUGGCUGGCGUUCUCCAGACCCAUGGGACACAUGCCACCAACAAUUCAGACAGCUCCCUAGCCAUGGACAGCCUUCAGCCACUAUCCUCUGACUCGGCCACGCUGGCCAUGCAGCAGGCCAUGCUAGGAGGAGGAGAUGACUCCAUGGACGGCUCGGAGGAGGAUGACGAGGAAGACGAGGAGGAGGAGGAAGGCGUGGAAGACGAGGAGGACCAGGAGGAGGCGGUGGAGGAGAGGGCGAGGGGGCGACAGCUGCACGGUGCCAGCGUGCGGGACCUGGGCCUGGAGCACGGCGAGGGUGUCGAGUGAAGGAGUGCUAGCAGAGCGGCAGAAGCACAACGCAUGCUCAUGCACACACACGCACACACACACAGACACCCACACAUACACACACACACACACUGACCCUCCCCAGUCAUUCAUCUGCAUCAGACAGGAUGCACUGCACCUGGGCCUCCAUCCUUCUCUUGUGCAAAACUGUACAAGUUCUUACCUGAACUGUGACGCCCAAUUUUGGGACAUGAAGAGGGGAGUUAAAAGCACUGUUAAAGAUUGUGAUAACAAAAGAAAAAUGUUUUGUAUUUCCGACAGAAAAAUUAGGUAUUGUGUGUCAAACUAACCCUCUUUGGUUUUGUGUGUGUUUUAAACACAUAGAAACUGAUUUGGUGUUCGUAGCUGAUCUCGCUGAAAGACUUGGAAUACAGCAAUCCCUCGAUUUACGAAAUGAAUCUGUUCCUGAAAAUAAUGUGGAUACUGAAAUUUGGAUACCAAAAACCUGUUUCCCAUUAUUUUAAAUGGGAAAAAUAGUAAUGAGUUCCCAUCCAUCCGAAAACACCAAACCAAUUUUCCCAACUAUCCCUAGAACACUGUAAAACACCUGUAUUGCUGUUAACCCAUGAUUUCAGCACAAUAUGAGACACAUUAAUGGGUAUGUUCCUAGGCAGUACAUUUUGGAACCUAAUUAUACUUUCCUUAUAUUUAGCAGACAGCAGCAAACAUUCAAUAACAAAAAUUUGUUAAAAAAAAUAAGUGCAGAUCGCAAUUAAAAGUAAAUAAGACACUGUACUAUUAUGACCUGUUACUGUACUCAGCGAGCGAAGAGAAGACCAGUUAACUGUGAGAUGUGGUGGGUGGAGGAGGGCGGAGACUUGGAAGUCAUUCUUGCACUGCCGCUGCACAAAGUUGUGGAAACAAAGCGAACAGGAUGCAGGAUACCAGUAUGAAACAGCUGGUGGUACACUAGUGCCAAUUAUAGUAGAUUUCUGCACUUCCGCUUCACUCAUGCGACUAUCAGUUUUUUUUUUUUUUUUUUUUCCUUGUACUGAUUUUUCUUUCUGGAAAUUGAAAAUUAGCUAUCAAAAGCCAAGAGCUGUUAUACCGAAAUUUCGGAUGAAGACAGUUCGUAAAUUGAGGGAUGCCUGUAUAUUAGUAGCUACAUUUAAUUAUGUACAUUGCUCAGUCAUCCACGAUUCAGAGGUUUCUGCUGGCCGGGCAACUGGACCGUCUCCUGCUGAAUGCCGGGUUCUGCCGUAGGCUUGGCCAAACACUCCACACCCUCUCAGGUUGAUUUUGUUUCACAGUUAUUCGGUUGACCAUUCGAGUGUUUCCAUACAUGAACCAGCAGAGACUCUACAUUGCCACAAAUGGAUGUUUUCUUAGAAGCAUGAUUUAUUAUAGUUCAUUAUCAAUAUCAAGGACAACAUGCAAACGAGUGCAAAAGGGAAGCGCAAUGCGUACAUUUGCCUUUCCAAGCUGCAGUGUAGAGCUGGGGGUCGGGGACGGUUAAACGGUUCCCCCAAACUUCUGUGCAACACCCACUUUAAGUACUCAGAGGUUGCUGUCCUGUGUUCUUUCAAUCUUUCCGUUCAGGAGGGAAAGGGGCGCACAUUGGUCUUCCACUCGGCUGAGAUGCGAUCUGACGGGAGCACGGGUUCGCGACUCGGAGAAAGCGAGCAGGCCGAGCCGCAAUGAAGGUUUUUCAGCUGCCUUGUUUGGCAGGAAAAAAUGUUGAAACUCCUUGGACUUACAGUGGUGUUGCUCUUAACGCAGUCGAAUAAGGUCCGGACAGACGGCUGAACAAGUAUGAAAGAAUCAUUUUGAAGGGAGGCUUAUCCGGAGCAAAUUAUAGACUAGACGGAUUCUCUUUUUUAUGUGAACAAUUUACAAACUGUGAAAAAUUAUUUCUGCCCUUUUUGUGCUAAAUGAAUCUGCGAGAAAAGUUCAGAUCACCUGUUUGCUCAUGUGACUUUCAGAAGAAAAAAAAAUCCUUUCUUGAAUGUUCAUUGAAAUUGUUCUUCGUGGAGUCUGUUUCUCAUUCUUGUUUUACAGUUGCGCUUGCUUUUUAAAUGCUUUUU